CAGAGGAGUGAGACCGGGAGGCUGGAGGGAGAGGCUGGUCCGAGGGAGCUCCCAGCCCCGCCGGCCGCAUCCGCCGCUGCCCCUGCUCCCGCGGCUUCCCCCAGGCAGGAGGACAGCGCCCGGCCGGCACUUUUGCCCUCACUUUAGGAGUGUUUGUGGAUUUACAUGCCCAGCCUGCAAGAUGAUGUCCAUGAACAGCAAACAGCCGCAUUUUGCCAUGCAUCCCACCCUACCUGAGCACAAGUACCCCUCGCUGCACUCCAGCUCGGAAGCAAUAAGGAGAGCAUGCCUGCCAACUCCACCGCACAUGCACGGCCUGGGCCACCUCCCGCACCCGGGCGCCAUGAACAUGCCGUCGGGGCUGCCGCACCCCGGCCUGGUGGCCGCGCACCACGGCGCCGCGGGGCAGGUGGGCGCGGCCGCGGGGCUGGCCUCCAUCUGCGACUCGGACACGGACCCGCGCGAGCUGGAGGCCUUCGCGGAGCGCUUCAAGCAGCGGCGCAUCAAGCUGGGGGUGACCCAGGCCGACGUGGGCUCGGCGCUGGCCAACCUGAAGAUCCCGGGCGUGGGCUCGCUGAGCCAGAGCACCAUCUGCCGCUUCGAGUCGCUCACGCUGUCCCACAACAACAUGAUCGCGCUCAAGCCCAUCCUGCAGGCCUGGCUGGAGGAGGCCGAGGGCGCCCAGCGGGAGAAAAUGAACAAGCCCGAGCUCUUCAACGGCGGCGAGAAGAAGCGCAAGCGGACUUCCAUCGCCGCGCCCGAGAAGCGCUCCCUGGAGGCCUACUUCGCCGUCCAGCCGCGGCCCUCCUCCGAGAAGAUCGCCGCCAUCGCCGAGAAAUUGGACCUCAAAAAGAACGUGGUGCGGGUUUGGUUUUGCAACCAGAGACAGAAGCAGAAAAGGAUGAAGUUCUCCGCCACCUACUAG